UCACCGCUAUACCAUGCAGUGCAUACAAUUUAUGAUGCAUUCACACAGUAAAACUGCUUACUUCCUAUAUUGCCUGAUAUAUUCUUUAUGUACAUGUCCCCGGGAGCGCGAGUAGAACAAUAAAACAGAUCAUCCCCUGCCCUGCAAGAGUUAUCAAUCUUCUGUACAUGGACAUGAGAAGGAGAGUGGCACUGUGCAGCUGACAGGUGGGAAGUUUCGUAUGGGAACAAGUUCCCCUGAUGCUAAAGAUGGAGAAGGUCCAGUCAAACAGGUGAAAGUGAGCCCUUUUGCUAUAGACAAAUAUCCAGUUACCAACAAGGACUUCAGAGAAUUUGUAAGAGCAACAAAAUACAAGACUGAGGCAGAGGCAUUUGGCUGGAGUUUCGUAUUUGAGGACUUUGUAUCAGAAGAACUGAAGAAGAAAGUUACUCAGAAGUUAGAGUCAGCACCCUGGUGGCUUCCGAUUGAGAAAGCUUUUUGGCGACAGCCAGUUGGUCCUGGAUCUGGCAUAAAAGAGAAGCUGAUAUACCCUGUGCUGCAAGUGAGCUGGAACGAUGCACAGGCUUUUUGCAAAUGGCUUGGGAAAAGGCUGCCUACAGAGGAAGAGUGGGAGUUUGCUGUUCGGGGCAGGCUUCAGGACAAGGUGUAUCCAUGGGGAAACAAGUUCCAGUCCAACCGCAGCAAUCUAUGGCAGGGGCCGUUCCCUGGCUCUGACACUGCCGAGGAUGGUUAUCAUGGAGUAUCACCAGUAACAGCGUUUGCUGCACAGAAUGAUUAUGGUUUGUAUGACAUGCUUGGGAACACGUGGGAAUGGACAGCCUCAGAAUACAGAUCGCCUGGAAAACAGAAGAUGUAUGUCCUUCGUGGAGCUUCGUGGAUUGACACAAUGGAUGGUUCAGCCAAUCACAAAGCUCGAGUAACCACAAGGAUGGGGAACACUCCAGAUUCAGCCUCAGAUAAUUUGAGUUUUCGAUGUGCCAGAAGUACAAAUCAUUCGAAAGUACAGCGUAAAGAGGACUUAUGAUGAGCUCGCUACAGUAAAAUAAAUAUGGCAAAGAGACACAAGAACAUAUUUUGUAAUAUACAGAUAAAUGUGCUCUACCCAGGGAGGGUAACUAUACUCUGACGGACUUACAUUAAUCUGCACGAUUCCCGUCAGCAUUUAUCUGGCCAUGCAUACAACCUCCUUUUUAAUAUUGCAGACUGAAGGGCGUAAACAGAAAUAAAAGCUGAUACAUGUGAUGUGCAAAUUAGAGACGGUAAACACCUAGUGAUUACAUCAUUUUUCUUCAGUUUUCCAAUAGAUUAACAUAUCAGCAGAGUCUGAACAUUAUUAGAACAGAAUAACACCAUGUUUGCUGCAAUUGUUUUUGAAUGUUUAAACUCUUCUCAUCACUUUCCUUAUUUGGAGGAUCCAAUCCCAGACUUGCCAUUGAGCUAACAAAAUCUGUAUUGUUUGGGUUCAGCAGAAAUUAUGAGACAAAAAUUAUUUUUGCAUUAAUUAUGGUGACUUUUUCCUCAUACUAAGUUUUUGCAAAUUAAAUGGACAGUAAACGCUUUGUAAUUACAAUACUUUUCUACAGUCUUCCAACAGAAUCUGAAUGCUAUUAGAACAGAUUAACAUCUUGUUUGCUGCAACUAUAUUUUAAUAGCCAAACCACCCACCACUUCCCUUAUAUGGAGGAAGUAAUCUGCGUUUGACUCCGGAGAACACAAGGCUUACCACUGUUGUGUUAACAAAAGCUCCUUUGUUCGGCGUCAACAGAAAUUAUAAGAUAAUAAACAACACACAAGGAAA